CUUUGUCGCACACAAAUAACGUCAUCGAUCACGUUAUCUCAGCUGUUUCCAUCACAUCGCAGAGGCAGGGAAGGAAUUCAUUUCAAACACAUUUUAUCAAUAAUUUCUAGUUAAUUCUGUCGUCAUGACCAUACAGCUUCUCCAUUAAGCUUCUUGAAGCCAGUGGUGAGAUGAGGCCCCUCAAAGACGCUCAGUUGGGGGCCCUCACCUUCUUUGCCUCAGCUCUACCUCAUGAUGUCUGUGGGAGCAAUGGUCUUCCUCUUACCCCCAACUCUAUUAAAAUACUGGGACGUUUCCAGAUCCUCAAGACCAUCACUCACCCCAGACUCUGCCAAUAUGUGGACAUCUCCCGAGGGAAACAUGAACGCCUGAUUGUUGUUGCUGAACACUUUGAAAGCAGUUUGAGUGAUUUUCAAAAACAGGGGAAAACAGCCAGCCCAGAGACAGUGCUGCGGAUAGCCUAUGAGGUCCUUGAAGGUCUGGAGUUUAUGAACAAACAUGGUAUGGUGCACAGAGCUCUCAGUGCACACAAUGUGCUCAUGGACUGCAAGGGGAAUGUCAAGCUGGUAAAGUUUGGCCUUUAUCACAUGACGGAUCAUGGGGCCGAUGUAGAUUUUCCCAUUGGGUACCCAUCAUACCUUGCUCCAGAGGUGAUUGCUCAGGGCUCCUUUCACCCCAGUGACUCUUCCCAUGAUGCAACUCCUCUGCCUUCAGGACCUAAGACAGAUGUCUGGUCUCUUGGGGUUUUGCUCUUUGAAUUAUAUGCAGGUAGACGACUGCUGCAGAAUAUUCAUAUAAGUGAGAGAUUGAAAUUCAUUCUAACCUUGGGUUGCAUGGACGACAUUGUCACUGUCCUUGCUGAGGAACACGGCUGCCUUGAUACUAUUAAGUCUUCCCUGCGCUGUGCACAUCUGGAGCUCCCAGAGGACAUCAGUGACCUUUGCAAAGAUGAUGAUGAAGACUACCUGUCAGAGCGGGCCAUAGAUGAGGUCUACCAUCUGUGGUGUCUGGCAGGGGGAGACUUGGAGAAGGAGCUGAUCAACAAGGAGAUCAUACAGUCCAAACCUCCAAUCUGCACACUGCCCAAUUUUGUCCUGGAAGACGGAGAGUCAUUUGGCCAGGGAAGGGAUCGGAGUUUCUUGCUUGAUGACACAACAGUGACUCUGUCUCUCUGCCAACUCAGAAAUAGACUAAAGGAUGUAGCAGGAGAAGCCUAUUACCCUCUACUGGAAGACGAACAGUCAAGUCUGCCUCAGUCCAACAGCAGCAAUGAGCUGUCGGCCACUGUUACGCUCCCACUCAUCAUCCGCGAGAGAGACACCGAGUACCAACUCAUCCGCAUCAUCCUCUUUGACAGGCUUCUCAAGGCCUAUCCUUACAAGAAGAACCUAGUGUGGAAAGAGGCCAGAGUGGACAUCCCCCCCCUUGUUAGAGGCCUGGCGUGGGCAGCACUGCUGGGCAUUGAGGGGGACAUUCAAGCCAAAUACGAGAGCAUAGACAAGGAUACUCCCAUACCAACUGACAGACAGAUUGAGGUGGACAUCCCACGCUGCCACCAGUACGACGAGCUGCUGUCGUCUCCUCAGGGCCACAUCAAGUUCAGGCGUGUGUUGAAAGCCUGGGUGGUCUCCCACCCUGACCUGGUCUACUGGCAGGGUUUGGAUUCACUUUGUGCCCCCUUUCUCUACUUGAAUUUCAAUAAUGAAGCCCUGGCAUAUGCCUGCAUGUCUGCCUUCAUCCCCAAGUAUUUGUACAACUUUUUCCUGAAGGACAACUCCCAUGUCAUUCAAGAGUACUUGACCGUCUUCUCCCAAAUGAUUGCCUUCCAUGACCCAGAGCUAAGCAACCAUCUAAAUGAGAUUGGCUUCAUCCCAGACCUUUAUGCUAUUCCAUGGUUCCUGACUAUGUUUACACAUGUGUUUCCGCUGCACAAGAUCUUCCACUUGUGGGACACGCUGCUGCUGGGUAACUCCUCUUUCCCCUUCUGUAUUGGCGUGGCCAUACUGCAGCAGCUCAGGGACCGUCUCUUGGCGAAUGGCUUCAAUGAGUGCAUCCUACUCUUCUCUGACCUGCCAGAAAUUGACAUUGAGCGCUGUGUUCGUGAAUCUAUCAACCUCUUCUGCUGGACUCCAAAGAGCGCUACAUAUCGACAGCAUGCCCAGCCGCCAAAGGCAGCUUGGGACAACGGCUUUGGGAAAGCAACAACCUACUACUCGUCUGACUACCAGGACAUGGCCAAGACAGACCUGUCUCGGGAGCCUCUGGCGCUGUCCGACCUCAAAGCAGAAGUAUCCCCGAGGAUCUCGGCUGAGGACUUAAUCGACCUCUGUGAGCUGUCAUUGGCUGGGCCCACCAAAAGGACAAAAGUCGGCAGGCCAAAAAUCAUUGCUGUCGACAUCCGCACUGUAGAGGACUUCAGCAGAGGCCAUAUAUCAGGCAGCAUCAACAUUCCCUUCAGCACAGCAUUCAGCCCGGAUGGUGAGCUGGUGCAGUGUCCUGCAACAGGAAUACUCCAGAACUACAGAGGACGUGUCAUUGUGAUCAUAAGCCACCCCAUGAAAAAUGCAGCUAUGUUUGCAGCACACUUGGUGAAGGUAAAUUUCCUACGGGUUUGUAUCCUGGAUGGAGGGAUCAACAGGCUGAAGCCCACUGGACUCCUGACUGUCCCCUCCCCUCAGAUUUGACCCCAAAUAGGCUUCACAUGAAAAAAGGAACGAGUUGAAAGACUGUAAAUUGCACUUUGAGCUGAUAUUGAAGCAAAGGAACACAUUUAUUUGCCUUUUUAAUACAUUCUAAUUAAACUGUGGUGCAAAAUUAAAAAAAAUAUGCAUUUUAAUAAAAAUCCCCUUUAUCAAUCCAGUUUGAAUUCAUGAACAAAUGUACUGGGCUAUAAGUUUAUUUCCGUCUUAAAAAAAAGUGUUCUGUCUCAAAACAAGAAUGAUUGAAUCAAUUAUUUCUGGAACAACUGCUUAGUGUUUUUCUUGCUUUGUACUGACAAAUUAAUAUGUCACCUGCCUGUCUGCUCUCAGCCAGCUGAUCUAGGGAACUGUGUUAUACACUCAGUGGCCACUUUAUAGGGUAAUGCAAUUCAGUGCAGCUGUUCUGCCAUGAAGUCUACUUUUAUGAUGACUAUAAUGUUCAAUGUUUAAGCAUUAGGCUAAUAGUUAGUGGUGGUGGUGUUGUACCCAGCCACAUUAUGUUCAGAGGUGUUUCUAACAUUCUGCUGGCCUCAUGUAUGUAAAUAGGAAGGACAAAUAAUUAGAGUCUUGUUAAAAACUCUUGUUACUAUAGUUCAGUACAAGACCAUCCUUUACUAUGACCUAAAUAAUAAACAUAUAUUACCACUUUGCUGAGAAUUUCAACAGAAACUGAAAAUUAUAAACUUUGAAAGUUGAGAAUACAUGGCAGAAUUGUAUAGAAUUGCAAAAGAGUACCAAAGAAAGUGGCCACUGAAUGUAUGUCUGUGGUAGAAACAAUCAAAAUAACUAGAAUUUGCACUUACUUGUCUCUGAAUUUUCUCUACUGUAUAAUUCACUAUAUGUAUUUGCAAUGCCACAAGAAAAUGGUGACCAUCAUGUUAGAGUUUUUUUAUAUAAAUAAACAAAAUCUGUUGAAGCUG